GGGAGGGGACGCGGAGAAGAGAAAGAAGAGAAGAUUGAGCCUCGCGGGGACCCGUAGUUCUGCCUCUGAAUAGUGUUGUGACUGGAAGGAGAGAAAGGGAGAAGGUUGGGCCUCGCGGGGAUCCGUAGUCGGCGGCGUUGGGGUCCUCCUCCCGGCCACCGUCCGCGAAGCUUCUUCCUCCUCUCUCUCAGUCAGUCAGUCAGUCAAGGCAGGCGGGCGAUGGAGUGUGGGCGGUGGUGUCGGCGGCUGGCCUUCUUCCUCCUCCGGGAGGGCCUCCCGGCCUCGGUGGCGCUGCUGCUGCUGCUCCCGGCGCUGGGCCCGGUCUCCUCGUCGUCCUCCUCCUUGGCGGUGGCCGGGGCGGGGGCCUCGGAGGCGGCGGCGGCGCCCGAGAAGGAGUGCGAGAAGCCCUGCGCCAACGGGGGACGCUGCCAGCCCAGCACCGGGCACUGCCAGUGCGCCCACGGGUGGGUCGGGGAACAGUGCCAGCACUGCGGGGGACGCUUCCGGCUUACUGGGCCUUCAGGCUACGUGACCGAUGGACCUGGGAACUAUAAAUACAAGACAAAAUGCACCUGGCUCAUUGAGGGAAGGCCGAACACAAUCCUUAGACUCCGUUUUAAUCAUUUUGCGACGGAAUGCAGCUGGGACCACUUGUAUGUCUACGACGGUGAUUCCAUUUAUGCUCCUUUACUCGCUGCUUUCAGCGGCCUUAUUGUUCCUGAGAGGGAAAACAACGAGACUGUUCCAGAAGUCGUUGCCACCUCCGGCUAUGCUCUUCUGCACUUCUUCAGCGAUGCGGCGUAUAACUUGACGGGGUUCAACAUCUCCUACGACUUCAACGUCUGCCCUCGCAACUGCUCUGGCCAAGGGGAAUGCAGGCUCACCAACAGCAGCAAAGUGGUGGAGUGUGAAUGUUCAGAGCACUGGAAAGGAGAAGCCUGCGACAUUCCUUUUUGCCCCGAAGACUGUGGCUCCCCAGAGAGAGGCCAAUGCAGUAGGAACGUCUCUCAAGGGUGCAUCUGCACCGCUGGAUGGCAAGGCACAGACUGCUCGAUUCCUGUUCCAGCAAACCGCUCAUUUUGGACCCGUGAAGAAUUCUACCUGCCCAAACUCCCGAGAGCGUCGCAUAAAGCGGUAGUCCAUGAUGACAUCAUGUGGGUCGUUGGGGGCUACAUGUUCAACCACACAGAUUCCCAAAUGGUUUUGGCGUAUGACCUUGUUUCCAGUGCGUGGCUACCUCUCAACAGCAGCGUGAAUUCAGUUGUGAUCAGAUAUGGUCAUUCUGUGGCCUUCCAUGAAAAUAAAAUCUACAUGUACGGAGGCAAGAUAGAUGAAACCGGGAACGUCACCAACGAGCUCUGGGUGUUUCAUAUCGCCAACCAGUCCUGGGUCCAAGCCUCCCCCAAAGCCAAGGAGCAGUACGCCGUGGUCGGCCAUUCGGCGCACAUCGUCCCCUUGGACGAUGGCUCGGUUGUGAUGCUGGUCAUCUUUGGGCACUGCCCUCUUUACGGGUACAUCAGCAAUGUGCAAGAAUACAAUCUGACAUCAAACACAUGGAGUAUUUUAACAACAAACGGAGCCUUGGUGCAAGGAGGCUAUGGCCACAGCAGCGUGUACGAUCCUAACGCAAAGUCCAUCUAUACCCACGGGGGGUACAAGGCUUUCAGUGCCAACAAAUACAGGCUGACAGAUGAUUUAUACAAGUAUGAAGUCAAUAAGCGUGUCUGGACAAUUCUUAAGGAGAGCAAGUUUUCCCGAUACUUGCACACUGCUGUGAUCAUCAGUGGGACCAUGUUGGUCUUUGGAGGAAACACCCACAAUGACACCUCCAUGAGUCACGGGGCCAAGUGCUUUUCUUCGGAUUUCAUGGCCUAUGAUCUGGCUUGUGACCGCUGGUCUGUGCUUUCACCACCCGAUCUUCCCAACGAUAUCAACAGGUUUGGACAUUCGGCCGUGCUGCACAACAACGUUAUGUAUAUAUUUGGAGGCUUCAAUAGCCUCCUUCUAAGCGACAUCGUGAAGUACACCCCAGAAAGCUGCGAAGCAUACAGCAAUGACACCUGCUUGAGGGCAGGGCCUGGCCUCCGAUGCGUGUGGAAUGCCUCCGCUUCCCAGUGCCUUCCGUGGGAAAUGGCCACCCCACAACAAGAGCAGAAAGUCAUGGAGGACUGCCCUCCUUCGCCAGCCACAGACCAUGAAAAAUGCGAUCAGAUCACGGACUGCUUCAGCUGUACAGCCAACACAAACCAAUGCCAUUGGUGCCCUGACCAGUGUUUGCCGAGGAAUCGCAACUGCUCCGAAGACCAGACUCCCAUUACUGUCUUCGAAAAUUGCUCCAAGGAUAAUCCUGCCUUUUACUGCAACAAGAAGACGAGUUGCAAGAGCUGCAGCCUGGAUCAGAACUGCCAGUGGGAAGGCCGGAACCAAGAGUGCAUUGCUUUGCCUGAAAACAUCUGUGGGGCCUCGUGGCACCUGGUUGGCAAUUCUUGUUUGAAAAUCACAAACACCAAAGACAGCUAUGACAAUGCUAAGCUGACCUGUAGGAACCACAAUGCUGCCCUGGCAUCGCUCACUACUCAGAAGAAGGUGGAAUUUGUUCUGAAGGAACUGCAGAAGACCCAAGCCUCGGCCAAAGCCCUGACGCCGUGGGUUGGACUGCGGAAGAUCAACAUCUCAUACUGGUGCUGGGAGGACAUGUCUCCCUUUACAAACACCUUGCUCCAGUGGUUGCCGGGGGAGCCGAGCGACAUUGGGUUCUGCAGUUAUUUGGCAGAGCCCAGCAAAGGAGGGCUGAAGGCAGCAACGUGUAUCAACCUUGUCAAUGGUAGCGUCUGCGAAAGGCCUGCCAAUCACAGCGCGAAGCAGUGCCGCACUCCCUGUGGCUUGAGGAUGGCCUGCAGCGAAUGCACCAGCAGCAACUCGGAGUGCAUGUGGUGCAGCAACAAGAAGCAGUGUGUCGACUCGAACGCCUACGUGGCCUCCUUCCCUUAUGGACAAUGCAUGGAGUGGCACACCGUGAGCAACUGUCCGCCUGAAAAUUGCUCUGGCUACCUCACUUGCGCUCACUGCCUGGAUCAGCCUGGCUGUGGCUGGUGCACGGAUCCCAGCAACACCGGCAAAGGGAAGUGCAUCGAAGGCUCGUCCAGAGGUCCGGUCAAGAUGCCAAAGCCAACACCACCUGCUCUGCCAACUGUGAAGGCUUACCAGGAACCUGUCCUCGAUGUCAGCUUGUGCCAGGCGGAGAACAAAUACAACUGGUCCUAUAUACAGUGCCCAGCUUGCCAGUGCAACGGGCACAGUAAAUGCGUGAACCAGAGCAUCUGCGAGAGGUGCGAGAACCUGACCACCGGCAAGAACUGCGAAACCUGUAUCUCUGGUUACCAUGGAGACCCCACCAACGGAGGGACCUGUCAACCUUGCAAGUGUAAUGGCCAUGCUUCGGUCUGCAAUACCAACUCAGGGAAGUGUUUCUGCACCACAAAAGGAAUCAAAGGAGAGGAGUGUCAACUGUGCGAAGUUGAAAAUCGGUACCAAGGCAAUCCUCUUAAAGGGACAUGUUACUACACUCUUCUUAUUGACUAUCAAUUCACCUUCAGUCUUUCGCAAGAAGAUGAUCGCUAUUAUACAGCAAUCAAUUUUGUAGCAACGCCUGAAGAGCAAAACAGGGACCUGGACAUGUUUAUCAAUGCUUCUAAAAACUUCAACCUCAACAUCACUUGGUCAACAAGUUUUGCAGCUGGCACCCAGGCAGGGGAGGAGAUCCCCGUGGUUUCCAAGAGCCAGAUCAAGGAGUACAAGGACAGCUUCUCCAAUGAGAAAUUUGACUUUCGCAACAAUCCCAACAUCACUUUCUUUGUCUAUGUCAGCAACUUUACCUGGCCAAUCAAAAUACAGAUUGCAUUUUCUCAGCACAGUAACUUUAUGGACCUGGUACAGUUCUUUGUCACUUUUUUCAGCUGUUUCUUGUCGCUGCUCCUGGUGGCUGCCGUGGUUUGGAAGAUUAAGCAGAGCUGCUGGGCUUCGCGGCGGAGAGAGCAACUUCUCCGAGAGAUGCAGCAGAUGGCCAGCCGUCCCUUUGCCUCCAUCAACGUUGCCUUAGAAACAGAUGAGGAGCCCCCUGAUCUCAUUGGAGGGAGCGUCAAGACGGUGCCCAAGCCCAUUGCGUUGGAGCCAUGUUUUGGCAACAAAGCAGCUGUUCUGUCAGUAUUUGUGAGGUUGCCAAGAGGCCUGGGAGGGAUUCCCCCACCUGGGCAAUCAGGUCUUGCCGUAGCCAGUGCUUUGGUGGACAUUUCACAACAAAUGCCUAUUGCCUACAAAGAGAAAUCGGGAGUGGUACGAAAUCGCAAACAGCAACCUCCAGCCCAGCCUGGAACCUGUAUUUGAUGCAUGGACAUCAGAACUGCCUCUUUAGGGUUUUAAACACAAGGGGUUACCUGGGAGGAGGAGGAGGAGGAGGAAGAGGAGGAGGACAAAACAACAGAAACAAAACCCUUGCAAGAUACAUGGCGCAAAGGAGACCUCGAAGCACCCGGGACCACCUCGGCCUUCUUGUUGGCAUUGGAACCAUUUUAGUUGGCUUUUUAGACAUCCGCUUCGUCGCAGACUUGUCGGUCCCAUUGUCUCGUACGACUCCAGGUUUUUUUUUACAGUUAUUUUCCCACAUCUUGUUAAAGACCGUUCUUUUGCAAGCCCGUCAGCAUCCCUCUCCACCCCUGAAAGAUGGCAUUACCCUGCAAAGACUAAAAGUCCUCGGCUCUUAGUGGAAAAUGCUUUGUGGUACUUGAGGUCUCUCUCUCCUCCCUCCCUCCCCAAGUUGAACAAGAAAAGAUGCAGCACAUAGGAGAUAAUGCUCUGCCCUUGGCGGUUGAAACCCCAAGAUUGAAGGAGAAGCUGACUCAAUUUACUCCAGGAACCUGCCGUUAUAAACACUGUAUUUAUUUCUACCUUAUUUGGAGAGCUCUUCCAGCCGCAAAACAUGCGUUGGGCCCGGGUUACGAUUGCAGCUUUACCAUCAUUGCAUCUGACUGCAUUACCUUCCAAGAUGAGACUGAGUAGGUUGGGAAACUAUAUGUGAGGCUUCGCCGAAAAAUAAUUUCUAAGUGGGUUAAUGUGUUUUCGUUGUGGCGGUAUGUAGGCACAGGUAUCCCAAGGUGUUCAGUAUAUCUGGAAAGCGAGAGCGCUGGCACAGCUCAGCCCUUAUGUCAUUCCUCUUUUACUCUGGCCCAUUGUUGUGCAACAUCCGACAUCCAGGGAGGGAAUGUGUUUGAGGGCAAGGGAGCAUUGCCUGAAGUCGGGGAGGGCUGGCUUAUUCUCAGUUGACACUGUGUGUCUGCAUCCAUUCAGGGCUGCUUUGCAUUGACACUCCCUGUUUUGGGAUCCCACUCUCCCCAUUUCCAUUCUUUUACUCCUUCACUCUAGGAAGCCCAAUCCCUGGGAGAUGGAAGAUUUCAGCAGAAUAGUAGGCAAUGUGCUGCUGGAAGUGGCUGAGCUUUAUGUUGGCUGACUUGUUUGUUUUUUAAAUACCUGUUCCGUAGCCUCAUUCAGUAGAUCCAUUCGUUGCAAUGUCAGGGUGUCAUUUUCCUGCAAGAGAGACUGGCCAAUGCAGAUGUGAUAAGAGGAGGACACUCAUUGCUCCAAAGUUACAAAGCGUCCUUCCCACUGGGCCCUUUGGAGAUCCAGCCUUGUGUGGCAUUGGGAACCUAGACACACUACCAUUUCUUUGCCCCUGGGAAGCCCCAGGAACUUUGCAGAUCAGCAAAAAUAGCUAGUUUUUAUUAGCUGGCAGCAAUAAAAAUAGCAGCCUUGAGAGCAGCAAGAGACAACACUUACGCUGCAGACUGCGCUGGGCUUGCAGAAUCAACAUGUGCUUGAAGUUGCUAUAACUCAGGUUUUACUUGCUCUCAACACCUCUUAAGUUCCCUUUGCAAAGUGUCAACAUCUGUGCUUGAAAGAGAGCAGGGAGGUUUCCGAAAGGGGACAGCAGUUCCCAUUGUAUCCCACAUAAUAAAAGAAUGGUUACCAAUUGCA